ACAUUAAUGCAUGAUCUUGGAUCUUUGCAUAAAAAUUAAUUAUGGCAAAACUAGUUUCUGUUUUAUGUCCCUAUUGUGCUAGAAAAAACAAGCUUUCGCCAGAAGUUAAAUCAAAUGAAAGUAUUGAUACAGCCACAAAAGUGACCAUUGAUCAGGAUUCUGACCAUGAAGCUGAUGGAUCAUGGAGUGUUGCUGGAGUUUUUAGAAGGUUUUUCCAUGCUUCACCAGACAGUAGGCUUGCAGUGAAACUCUACGGAAGCAAGAAAGGUGUAGUACGUGAGGAAAAGAAGCAGAAUAAAGGCGGUACGAAAUGGAUGAUCCAUCCAUACAGCCACUUCAGGUUCUUCUGGGAUAUACUGAUUGUAGUUCUACUGUUUUUCACGGUGAUAGUGCUACCAAUCAGCAUUGCAUUCUACAGCGAAAAUCAGUUACAACCAGAGUGGUUGACCAUUAACACUUUAGUUGACAUUCUUUUUAUUUCUGAUGUAUGUCUCAGCUUCAGAACUGGAGUCAUAGUUCAUAACAAACAAGACGAGGUAAUUUUCUCACCAAAGAAGGUUGCCCUGCUGUAUUUACGUGGCUGGUUUAUAGUAGACGUUGUCUCCUCUGCCCCCAUUGACUAUGUUGUUCUGAUCUUCACAAAUGGAGAAGUCGACUAUUCUGUACAUGUGUUGAAAGCGUCCCGUGCACUGAGAGCAAUCCGAUUGGUCAAACUCUUGAGUCUUUUGAAACUACUCAGACUUAGUCGUCUACUGAGAUUCUUGCAAAGUUGGGAAGAUAUGUUCAAUCUCGCUGGAGGAGUGCUCAGAAUUCUGAAGUUGAUAGUACUCAUGAUUUUUUUGGCCCACUGGAAUGCUUGUUUUCAGUUCCUAAUACCAGUAAUGCAGGAUAUACCAAUAGAUUCGUGGAUUGCUAUUAAUAGACUUCAGAAUGCAACGAUUGGGGAGCAAUAUACUUGGGCACUCUUCAAGGCCACCUCACACAUGUUGUGUAUUGGGUUUGGACGUUGGCCUCCACAGAAUGUAACUGAGGCAUGGUUGACCAUCAUAAGCGUGAUGAUCGGAGCCACCUUCUAUGCACUGUUAAUCGGAAACGUGUCCACUCUGCUACUCUCUAUUGACGCACCAGGACGACUCUACAGGGAAAAGUUGACCCAAGUGGAGGAGUACAUGCGUUAUCGUAAGCUCCCUCAAGACCUGCGUGUUCAAGUGGCUAAGUAUUAUGAGCACAGAUUCAGGAGAAAGUUCUUCAAUGAGGAGUGUAUUCUAGCAGAGCUCUCAAAAGGCCUGAAAGAGAGUAUCAUCAAUCACAACUGUCGAGAGCUUAUUCAUACUGUGCCAUUCUUCCAAAAUGCUUCUCCCCAGUUUGUCACUGCUAUGCUCACAAAGCUCAAAUUUGAAGUGUUUUUAAAAGGAGAGUAUAUCCUUUGUGAAGGUUCUAUCGGAACAAAGAUGUACUUUAUUCUGAAUGGAGUUGUUUCAGUACUAAAUAAAGACGAUGUAGUUGAAACACGACUAUCUGAAGGUUCACACUUUGGAGAGAUAAGUCUUCUCACCCGGGGUCGUCAGGUAGUUACCGUUCGAUCUGACACCAUCUGUGAAAUGUUCUCACUCUCAAAGAAGCACUUUCGAUUCAUACUUAAAGAGUACCCUAAGAUGAAAUGUGCCUUGGAAGUAGUUGCAUUGCGACGGCUCAGUAAAUUAGGCAAGAAACCAAAACCAGGCACGCUUGGCACACUCAUCCCACCACAAACCGCUACUGAGGUACCUAACUCCUCACUCCCAGAAGAGGCAAAGACAUUGAGAGAACAAACAACCAGCAUCUCUCGUCAACUAAAGACAGGCUCCAGCAACAAUCCUACAACUGAACAAACUCCCUCUGACAGGUCCCAACAAAUUCUCUAUCUGGUGCAACAACUUACUGACAGCUCUGAAAAUGUACCAUCCCCUUCCACCCAUAGCUCUCGGCAUUCGACACAACCCACAAAUGAUGGACCUCAAGCAGCCCACACAAGUAAGACAAGCGAAUUAAACGAUGGCCAUGCUCUACGAGAGCAUGGUUCAACUAGAUCCACGCUUGAGGAACUAUACAGUGUCAACCUAGCGGUGGACACAUACGAUAAUAGUGAUGUUGAGGAGGAUAGUAGUUCAGACGAAUCGUAUACUUGACAUGCACGCUUAAUUUUGUCUCUCUCAUUCACAUUUUCCACGAUCAUUAAUCAUGCAUUAUAAUUAAUUUUUGAAUAAUCAACAUGACAUUAUUUUAUGUACAAUAAUGAUAAAAUAAAAAAGUACAGUCAUG